AUGAUAAUUACUUUGAGACGAGUAAGUAUUAUUUUACUAUUCAAACUCCAUUCUAGCUUUUCCAAUAGAAUACCAUAAAAAAAAAAAAAAAGCUUUUCCAAUAGAAAAAACGGAGUGUUUGCUAGUAGUGAGAGUUUAACAGUAAAUAGAAGUUUUGAAUUCCCGAGUUAGGGUUCCCAUAUAUAUGCUUCCUUGCAGUUUGUUAACCUCACGUAGUGCAGGCUGCAAAACCAGACAGUGAGAGAAACAGCCACUCCGGUCAUCAGCCAUGGUGCACGUCUCAUUCUACCGCAACUAUGGGAAGACAUUCAAGAAGCCUCGCCGUCCUUAUGAGAAGGAGCGUUUAGACGCUGAGCUGAAGCUGGUCGGAGAGUAUGGGCUGCGGUGCAAGAGGGAGUUGUGGAGGGUUCAGUAUGUCCUGAGCCGCAUCCGGAAUGCGGCCAGGGAUCUCUUGACCCUCGACGAGAAGGACACACGUCGGAUGUUUGAGGGUGAAGCCCUUCUCCGUAGGAUGAACCGCUAUGGGCUUCUGGAUGAGAGCCAGAACAAGCUCGAUUAUGUCUUGGCCCUGACUGUUGAAAACUUCCUGGAGCGCCGCCUGCAAACACUUGUCUUCAAAUUGGGUUUGGCAAAGUCAAUUCACCAUGCUCGAGUGCUGAUUAAACAGAGGCAUAUUAGGGUUGGAAGGCAGUUGGUAAAUAUUCCAUCCUUAAUGGUGAGGGUUGAUUCACAGAAGCACAUUGAUUUCUCCCUCACUAGCCCAUUUGGUGGUGGGCGUCCUGGUAGGGUGAAGAGAAGGAAUGAAAGUAAAGCUGCCAAGAAGGCUGCUGGUGGAGAUGGGGAUGAAGAUGAUGAGGAAUAAACUAACCGGUCAUGUUUUUUGAGUAUUUGCUUAGAUAAAAUUUUGUUUUCUAUGGUCUCUUCUCCAAGUUUUUCUGAGCUUACAACAGAACCUUCCCAAUUCUUUUAUUUGCCUUUUUCUUGAAAGGCUUAGGCCCGGUUAACAACUUAUUUCAGUACUUU